AUGGGUGCACCAGCAUGGGGAACGCGAGGCAGUGGCGAUCGCCCUCGGCUGCUUCGCAUGACCCCACUGAGACACAGCUUCGCAGCCCCAUCUACGCCACCUGCACAGGCACCUCGUACUCACGACUACGCGUCUGACGCGGAUACCAAGAAAGAAGAGAGCUGGAAUGCAAAUCUGUCUCAAAGAUGGCGGAAGCUGCGAAGGAGGUGCUCACGGCUGCGACCUGGUUCAGGAACUCGAGAACCUAGUCCUGUACGCUGUUCCCCUUCACCACCUCGCCCUCCUCCGCACUGCUCGCCCGCGCCAGCAGCUAAACUUUCCUUCAGGCAUCGCGGAAAAGUCUAUACUACUGCGUCUCUUCGGGUCACGAGCGGAGCGCCAGACAUACUCCGAGCUCUUGGGAAACUUGGAGGUGGCCUUCGAAGACGCGCGCUUUCAGCCCACGACGUGCUUACACCGCCUCAACAACAACCCUCAACUUUCUACGUGCCCAGUCCGACGGCUGUGAGACAACCUGCUUCACCAUCUCCGACGAGACAAAACUCCACAGUCCGACGACGGUGUAGCUCACCCAACAUAUACCGAACAAAGCCAACAACAAAAGAUCGCACACCCCUUAUCAACCAAGAGGAUGAAAGCAGAGAUGUCGUAGAUUACUCCUACGGCUUGGAACGACGGAAGACGAGCAGAGAUGGUAGAAGUCGACCGUACAGUGAAAAUGUUAACGUCGAUAUACCUAUUUACAAAAAUGGAUACAACAGAUUAGGAAGUGAUUGUGAAAGGCUUUGGGAAGAGCCGUACAGAUUGCCCCGGGUCCAGAUGCGACAAGAUCCAGUCCAGCAAUUGAAAAAUGGUAUUUCAGAGUUACGCGUUAGCGCUACGCCGCGUUCCGCUAAACCACCAGCAGCGCCACCUAUGUCUCCUCAGAAAACGAGUAAACGGCCUCCAGUACCUGAACCGAGAGACACACACUCGUUUGAGGUGCGCUUCACGAAGUCCGCUGGGGGCAAAGGCCUAGGGUUCAGCAUCGUAGGCGGACGCGACUCGCCGCGUGGCGAUAUGGGAAUUUUCGUAAAAACAAUUUUCAACAACGGCCAAGCCGCCGAAUCCGGUUUACUGAGGGAAGGUGACGAAAUAGUAUCAGUGAAUGGUCGAGGAACCGCUGGCCUGACACAUGGGGAAGCAAUAAGACUGUUCAAGGACGUGCGAGCUGGUCCGGUUCUUCUUCGAGUGGCCAGACGAGCUCCAGCACGCUGA